AUGCAUCUUGUGAUUACCCAUACAAAUUUCAUAACUGGCAAAAGUUUGCCUAAUAUUAUAAAUGAGCUCAACGAGCGCCUAACAAUCUCCACUAAUAUUAUUUUCUGCAAGCAGUUUGACAACCUAAUACCCUUUGAAGCACCCACAUCGAGAUUCGUAUACAGCUCGUUGGAAGCCUUCAAUAUCACCAGCUUAAGGAACCACGUGGGAAACGACAAUAAGCUCUUUAUAAUAGUGGGAAAUGAGCCACCUUAUGAACUGUUGGCCAAACUUGAGCUAAGCUUUCAGCAGGUGGACUUUCUCUUAGUGAUCGACAACCGAAUCGAGGAAGAGAAAUGGAAGCGCUUUAUAAAUUAUGCUUGGCGGCUGGGAUAUGUCAAGAUCUUAAUAUAUUCAACAUGCACAGGACUUGCCUAUGACAAAAUACUAUUUCCGAGUCUGAGGAUAAGGGAAACUAAUAUUGAAGACUAUAUGAAGGUUCGCGGCACAAUUCACAAUGUUAAUGGCUUUCAAGUUCGAGUGGCUGCGUACAACAAUGUUCCCCGAAGUUUUAUUUAUUCAGAUAGAAAUGGCAAAACGAUAUAUGCUGGAUAUUAUAUGCGAUUUGCACGCGCCUUUAUGAAACACAUAAACGCUACUUUCAAGGCAGUUCAUACACCCAACGAUUCACCACUAAAUUGCACCCAAUUUAUUCUGAAUAAUACGGUGGAUAUGUGCGCCGAUGCUUUGGUUCAAAACUCCAAAGUGUUUUUUAUAUCCAGAGAGGUCAGAAUUUCUCCUGCCAAUGUGGUGGUACCUCAUGGAAAACCAUUGCAUAGCUAUAGAUACUUGACAGCGCCGUUCAACACCAAAGUGUGGAUUGUUUUAGCCACUUAUGUGUUUCUGAUUUCCUUGUUUCUUUGUCUGAUACACUGGCUUAGAAGCGGAAAAUGGGACUUUAGUGGAAAUUUGCUCGAAGUGUACAGCUCACUUUUAUUCAAUGGCUUUCACCUGAAGGCGAUCAAGGGAACGGAACGCUACAUUCUGUUUGGAGUAUUAUUCAUAUCGGGAUUUGUGUACUCCACCAUGUAUUUGGGUUUGCUGAAGAGCAUGCUCAUUUCGGAGACUUUUGAGAAGCAGAUACAAACCUUCGAGGAACUGGCUGCAUCAAAUAUUCCGCUCCUCAUCGAUCCGUAUGAUAGUAUGAUCUUUCAACAGCAUCACAUUCCAAAAUCGCUGUGGACCGCUGUGAGAACAGUGCCAUCGGAAACCUUACUCAGACAUCGAAACAACUUUGACCAGAAGUACGCCUAUGUGUUGUUUCCAGAUCGCAUGGACAUGUUCAUCUACGCCCAGAAAUACCUACGGCAUCCCAAGUUCCGUCGCAUACCCAUCGACAUUUGUUUCCUCUUUGCCGGAUUCCCCAUGAGCAAAAAGUGGUUCCUCAAGCAUCACCUCAGUAGGGCCUGGUUCCAUGCAUUCGAGAGCGGCAUAUUAGAUAAAAUGGCCUCGGAUUCCUAUCGCGAGUCAGUGGGCCAGGGAUAUCUCAACUUUCCCAUUACGGAGCCCUUGGAGGCGAAGCCUUUGGGUCUAUAUUACUUCGUGAUGCCAGCGAUUUCGCUAGUCCUCGCUCCAUCAUCCUGUGUCGUUUGUCCCCAAUCAACUCUAAAUAUUUCCAAGAAAGAGCCUCCUGCAGACAUUAAUCGAAUGAAGAUCUACGGACAUCGCCUGGAGCAUUUGAUGGCACUUUCGCUGGAUGCCAUUGGGCCACGUCUUUGGGUCAGUCAGAUGCUAAAAAUAAAGAGAGCAGAACCGACGGCACCACCGGCACCACCGGCACCACCGGCACCACCGGCACCGCUGGCCAUGAUGAUCACUAAUUUCCUGGAAUUUCACGCGCUCUCCUCGCUUAUCGAGAUGCAAAUUUUUCUCAACUUUUAUUGUAUCUUCACACGAUCUGAGCCGACUGCUUGUUAA